AUGUAUUCUCAUAUUCGAUUACUUGAUGAGCUGCGUAAUACUGAACCAAGCGAUUUCAAAAAUUAUUUGAGAAUGGACAGUGACACAUAUAAGUCGCUGUUGGAAUUAGUUCGAGACAAGAUUACGAAACAAGAUACAUUUAUGAGGAAUGCGAUAACUGCCGAGGAAAGGCUGACAGUUACUCUAAGAUAUUUGGCAACAGGAAACUCCUACGAGGAUUUAAAGUUUAGCACAGGAAUUUCUCCGCAGUCUUUAAGCAAAAUCAUCCCUGAGACGUGUCAGGCUAUAUACGAAUCAUUAAAACAGGAUUACUUAAAGGUACCUUCCACAGAGGAGGAGUGGAAAAAAAUUGCCAGACAGUUUAAAGACGUUUGGCAAUUUGAGAACUGCUUAGGAGCGAUAGACGGUAAGCACGUCCUCAUAAAAAAACCGGCACAAAGUGGUUCGUAUUAUUAUAACUAUAAAGGCACCUUUAGUGUAGUAUUAUUUGCUAUCGUUAAUGCCAAUUACGAGUUUAUAUAUGUGCACACGGGUACUAAUGGUCGUGUAUCAGAUGGUGGAAUAUUGUGUGAGACGAGAAUCUAUAAGCGUUUGGUUACCAAAACAUUAGAAAUUCCAAAUCCUGUUCAACUGCCUGGAAUGGACGAUGUAGUACCAUACGUAUUCAUUGGCGACGAGGCAUUUCCAUUAAUCCCAAAUCUAAUGAAACCAUAUUCUCAAAAGCACAUAACGCACGACGAAAAGAUAUUUAAUUACCGUCUCAGCAGAGCUAGACGGGUUGUGGAGAAUGGAUUCGGUAUAUUAGCAUCGCGAUUUAGAAUAUUCUUGCAACCCAUAGCAAUUGAUGUUAAGAACAUUGACAUAGUAGUACUGGCGUGUUGUGCAUUGCACAAUUUUCUGAGAAAACUAUCAAAAGGCAAAUACAUAACGGAAGUUUCUAUUGACCGUGAAGAUAUGAACAACAGCACUAUAAUUCCCGGAGAGUGGCGACAAACUGGAAAUUUGAGGGGCUUAGAAAAAACCAAAAUUACUAACGCAACAGUGUCAACUAAAAACGUAAGAGAUAGCUACAAGCGCUUUUAUAAUAGUACUGGGCAAGUCGCAUUUCAAGAACAAAUGAUAUCAUAA